AUGUCUUCCUCCGAUGCUGUUGUUGCACAAUCCGCCUUCAACACUUUCCGACUCGGUAGUUCUGUCCAGAUCAUUGUUGGUCGUCUACUCCGUUUUUGGGACUCGAAAAACAUCAAAAAGCAAGGGCAGAGAAGAACGAUGUUUAUCCAAACGCAAUCUACUCAGAAUCCUUCUUCUCUAAUGUUUUAUCCUGGAAAACCAGUAGAGAUCGAAAGUGCUGAUUUUUCUAACGUUUGUUCAGCUUUAGGUUCUCCAUUAACCAAGUCGAUUUACUUCAUCGAUGGUGUGGUUCGAGUUUUCUUUGGGUCAGAUUUCGUCACUGUGACAGUCUGA